AUGGGCUCCCAAAUGGCUGCCAUCAGCCCUGUGCAGGAGGAAGGGGCCCAGAAGGUGGCGUCGGUGCCCAGGACCCGCCGCGUCCACAGGCUCCCUUCUUUGGAUCACGUUGCGGUGGUGGUAGACCAAGGUUCCGGCUUCACUAAGGCAGGCUUCGCCGGGGAGCUCCAGCCGCGCAUUGUGCUGAAGAGCUCAAGUCUGAUGCCAAGUUGGGACCGGCCAGUGCUGCCUGGAGCACCGGGCUGCGAGCUGGCAGGCGGCGUGGCGCGUGCGCACCCUAUCAAGCACGGCGUGGUGGUGGACUGGGACGCACUGGAGGGACUGUGGGAGCGUCUAAUGGUGGGAGGCCUGCAGGUCCGCCCCGAGCAGUGGCCCGUGCUCGUGAGCGACUCGCCAUCAGCACCACCGGAGGGCCGAGAAAAGGUGGCCGAGCUGCUGUUCGAGGCCCUGACUGUGCCCGCGUGCCACAUGGCCAGCACGGCACUGCUGGCACUCUGCUCCACCGGAGCGUUCAGUGGGCUGGCUGUGGAGGCGGGAGCAGGCGUGUGCCACGCCACACCCGUCUACGCAGGUCACUCGUGGCACAAGGCUACCUUCCGUCUGAAUGUGGCAGGUAGCACCCUGUCGCGCUACUUUCGAGACCUGCUGGUGGCGGCGUGCCCUGAUCUUCAGCUGCAGGCUCUGCCCCGCAAGACCGUUACACAGCUCAAGAAGCGCUGCUGCUAUGUGUCCCUAGAUUUCCAGGGUGAUAUCUGUGACCCUGCCCGCCACCAGAGGGCCUGCUUUUGCCUGAGAGAUGGCUGCUACGUGUACCUCGGCAGCGAGCGCUUCCGCUGCCCUGAACCCCUCUUCCAGCCAAGUCUCCUAGGCCACCCUGAGCCAGGACUGCCCACAUUGGCCUUCCAGGCACUGCAGAAGAUUCCCUCAACACUGCGGACACGCCUGGCCAGUACGGUGGUGCUGGCUGGUGGUUCCACCCUUUUCCCGGGCUUUGUGGAGCGCAUGAACCUGGAGCUAGAGGCACAGUGCCGGAGGCAUGGGUACCCGGCUCUGCGGCCCUGUCUGGUGGCUCAGCCUGGGCGGGGCACAGCUGUGUGGACUGGAGGUUCCAUGAUGGCCUCCCUGAACUCUUUUCAGUGCCGUUGGAUGACUCGGGCCAUGUACGAGGAGUAUGGCCCUUUUCUGGUGCGAGAAGUGUUCGAUUGAGUUUUAUAUGGACGCAGAUUGACUGGUGACACCAGGGGCACUGCAGGAACAGAGGAGGCAACUCUGGCCUAGCGUGGAGAACCAGAUAAACAGAUUGAAGUGUUUGUAGCUGGCAGGGUUAUAUGUGGGUGGACUGCCCUUUUCCCUUUCUGGGCUAACCCAUUUUGCUUUCAUUUGAAAACCCAAACCACCACAUGUUUAGAGAAUGUCAGCCCCCCCUCCCCCCAGCUGGGCCAGGCUCAAAGAACAUUUGAAAAAAAACUCUUAAUAUGAGGGACCUAGAAGCCCUGCCCCUCAGUUGAAGCUCUCAGCAUUCCCUUUUCUGUAGAAGGGGGGGGGGGGAGCGGCAGUGACUAGCAUGUGCAAAGCCUUAGGGUCUAUCCUCGAGUAUCAAAAAAAGGAUAGUUGGGAAAAGCCCCAAGCCUGCUCAACCCACCUCCAGAAGAGCCGUGGACACGGGGAAAGGGUGAGUUUUUCUCUAUUAAGACAGGAUCUCAGCUAUUUGCCCAGGCUGGGUUUCAUCUCAAGCUUUCCAGCCUCUUCCAAGUGCUGGGGUUAGAAGUGUG